GUACCAUGAACAGAAUGGAAUCACAACUUUACGUGAUUUUAAAUUUGGGCCCCUCUUUAUGAGGCUAUGUUAUGAGCUAGACCUUGAAACACCUGCAGUAGAACUUAUCAAAGAUCAGGUGCUUUGGAAGUUCUGGGAGAAAUGAAAAAACAAGGUAUACCUUUCAACAAAGAAACCUAUCUACUGGCAUUUGCAACAUGCUACAAACUGGACAGCCUGGAGUCUUGCAAAAUCUCUGCAAAACUGCUUGAAGAAGCACAGCUAAAAGGUGACUCAUUACCACUGCGUGCAUUCUACUUUGCUGUGGCGUCUGCUCUGAAACAGAAUGACAUAGCACAAGCCCAAUUUUAUUGUUCUCAGAUAAGGAAAACAGACAACAAAAUAUACAAUAAUCUUAAAGUUCUUGUCCAGCUCAGAUCUGGUUCACUAGAAGAAGUAUUAAAAACAUUAGAAGCAGCAGUGGAAAUGGAUACUCCUCCCUUUGUGAAAAAAAACGAGUUUUCUGAGCAAGUGCUGGCUGCAGCCACCAAAAGGAUGGAAGAAAGCCCUGACCUUUCUGCCAAAUUAAGAGAUAUAUAUAACAAACUACAAGCUUCAGGACGGAUAACCACAAACACAUUGGAAGACAUGCUCUUCCAGAUUCCGAGUUCAAAGAAGGCCCCUGCAAAGCUUUUAAAUCAAAAACAUUUGGGUUAUCAGGCUGCUAAACCGCUUCAGUCAAAUCUGAUGUUGGAAUAGUUCAAUAUUUGGUGGUAAACUGAACUACUGUUAGCAUCAUCGAGAAGUGUUUGAAUAAAAUGGCUUCUCCCCUAUUCCUCAGUUGUUUAAAUUGCUUGUGUGAAACUGAAAAUUAAAUACAGCUCAUGUAGAUUUUUAGCAUCAAAAUUCAAAUGAACAAUAAGCCAUGACAGUAGGUAUUUGUGUAUUGUUUUGAAACUGAGUGAUCAGAAUAGUUUGAAGCUUUUCCUCAAGGACUUAAAUCUGGAUUUUCCUUAUGCUAAAUGUCCUGAUAGAGAUAAACAAAAUAGUAUUUGUAUAUGAUCUGACUUCUGCUGUUCAUGAUUAAAAAAAAAAAGCAUUGUUCAUCA